GAUUUCGACACAAACAAGGAUAAAUUAGUAACGUUCGACGAGUUGAAAGAGCCAAUCGACCUGAAAUACAAUGUGGAUCCAGAAGUAACACGGCAGUUUUUCGAACAAGCUGACGCUGAUAGUUCCGGUGAUUUGAGCCCAGGAGAACUUGUCGAUUUCAGGCAUGAGAUACGACGGUAUGUCACCGAACGCGAUUCGCAGCGAGCCUACGGAAAUAAGUCCGGAGAUCAGGAAGGUGAACGGGGAACUUCAGAAGUAAGAAAACAACAGCUUUCCUCAGCCACUUCUCAAAAAGCAGCAAGAACGGCUACAACACAAAUCAUUUAG